AUGUCUCAAGAAGAAUUAGUACGUGAAAUAAAUAAUUUGAAAUUGUUAUUGAGAGAAAAAGAAGACCAAUUAAUAAAAUUAAGAUAUGAGAAAGAAAUAUUACAGGAUAAUGGUUUAAAUAAUAAGGAAAUAAUGAGAUAUAGUAGACAAAUUUUGAUCCCGAGUAUUGGAGUUCCAGGACAAUUAAAAAUCAAAGAGUCAUCGGUAUUGAUAAUUGGUGCUGGUGGAUUAGGAUGUCCUUGUGCACUGUAUUUAACUGGAGCUGGAGUAGGCCGAAUUGGUAUAAUUGACUAUGAUGACAUAGAAUUAACUAAUCUUCAUCGACAAUUAUUAUUUACUAUUAAUGAUAUUGGACGAGCUAAAGUCAAUGCUGCUGCUGAACAUUUAUCUAAGCUGAACAAUAAUGUAAAAAUAAUUCCAUACAAAAUUCAAGUCAGCAGUAAAAAUAUUAUGGAAAUAAUAAAAGAGUACGAUGUUAUAAUAGAUGCAACUGAUAAUGUACCAACAAGAUAUUUAAUUAAUGACGCAUGUGUUCUGAUCAAUAAACCAUUAAUAUCUGGAUCAGCACUAAAAUUAGAGGGACAAUUGACUGUUUACAAUUAUAAUGGACCUUGUUAUCGUUGUGUAUUUCCUAAGCCUCCACCACCGGAAACCGUAACUAACUGUGGUGAUGGUGGAGUUCUUGGUGCAGCUGUAGGAACUAUUGGAGUGUUGCAAGCAUUAGAAGCACUCAAAAUAAUAUUAAAAAUUCCUGGGGUACUUUCUGGGAGAUUGAUGCUUUUCGAUGGACUUGAAAUGAUAUUCCGCACAGUUAAAUUACGUGGAAAAUCAUCCAGUUGUGCUAUUUGUGGCGAUAACCCGUCAAUAGACAAACUUAUUGACUAUGAGCAGUUUUGUAAUAGCCGAGCUAAUGAUAAGAAUCCAAAUUUAUCAUUGUUGAAUAACUAUGAGAGGAUUACUGUUGAAGAAUAUCGUGAUAUUAAAAAUCUUUCGAAGCCACAUUUAUUGAUCGACGUGCGAUCGUAUGAGGAGUUCCAAAUUUGUCACCUAGACAAUGCUACUAACAUUCCUUUCACUGAUAUUAAAAGUAAAGGAGGCUUACAAGUCGUAAAAAACAUUGUUGAUAAAAAAUUAAAAGAAGAUAAUAAUGCACAAGUUUAUAUUUUAUGCCGUCGUGGUAAUGAUUCACAGCGAGCUGUGAAAUUAUUAAAAGAAUCAUUGGAUGAUCAAACAGAUAGAAUAAAAGAUAUUAUUGGUGGUAUACAUGCAUGGGCGCAUAAAAUAGACUCAAAGUUUCCAAUUUAUUAA